AUGAAUCGUAGUGGAAGCUUUAGGAGAAGCCUUAGCUCAACGUCCAUGCAACAAGCAGCAGCUUCGGCCAACAAGAGUAUCAACAGUGUCAAUAAUAAUAACAACCAACAAAACAUCAACAACCACACCAACGACUAUGAAGAUGUAGAUGAGGAAAUUGAGGAUCAAAUCGAUAGUGCAAGAAAUAUUGAGGAUGAUUUUGAUGCUUCGAAUCAACAAGAACAUAUUACUGUUGUUGUUCGUGUAAGACCACCGUUACCUCGAGAAAUUAAAGCGGCUCAAGAACGAGGUGAGCCCUAUGUGAGCACUAUCAAAAUUAACGACUCUCAUAAGAGUUUGACCAUCUCCGAUGCCCUUGAUAAUGAUUAUGGUGUGGGUCAUUCUUUUACUUUUGAUCAUGUGUAUGGUGAGGACAGUAGACAAGAUGAAAUUUAUGAGAAUCAUGCAAGAGGAGCAGUUCUUUCGGUUUUAAAAGGCUAUAAUGCCACUCUGUUCGCGUACGGCCAAACUGGUACAGGUAAGACUUUUACCAUGGAAGGCUUUAGUGGAAAGCGAGAACUGAGAGGAGUAAUCCCGAGAGCAACUGAAGACAUAUUUGAUUAUAUUGAAACCAAAGGUUCUUCGAAUAUUAAUUUUUUAAUCAGAGCUUCCUAUUUACAGAUUUACAAAGAGGUAAUUUACGAUCUACUGGACCCAUCUAAGAGCAAUCUUACCAUAAGAGAGGACAAGAAAAAAGGAACGUGUGUUGAGGGUCUCACAGAAGUGGUCGUCAGAACUCCAAAAGAAAUUUAUCAACUUAUCGAACGAGGCCGAAAAGGAAGAGCAAAAGCAGCCACCAAGCUGAACGAAGAAAGUAGUAGAAGUCAUGCUGUAUUUAUAAUCGUUGCAGAACAUCUUGAACGAAGCGUUUCCAAUGAGGAAGAUAUUGAUUGUGCCAAUGCUGAUGCGAUCACAGGAAAGCAAGGUACACAUGAGGUAAAAGAGUCGUAUCGUAUCGGAAAGCUUAAUCUAGUAGAUUUGGCUGGAAGUGAGAGAGUUUCUGUGAGUGGAGCUUCUGGAGAUCUACUAGAACAAACAAAAAAGAUCAAUCUUUCUUUGACAUGCUUGGGAAUGGUCAUUUCUGCUCUCACGAAAACAUACAAGAAAAAGGAAGUAUAUGUGCCAUACAGAGAUUCCAAGUUGACAAGAUUAUUGGCUGACAGCUUGGGAGGCAAUUGUAGAACCACCAUGUUGGCCAUGGUCUCUCCAGCUCUUGAGUUUUAUGGAGAAUCCUUGUCAACACUUAAUUUUGCAAAACGAGCAAAAUGCAUCAAAAACGUUGUAACAGUCAAUGAGGAUUUGGAUCAACGAGCUCUUCUCAGAAAGUAUGAAAAGGAAUUGAAGAGAUUACGAAUUGAGCUAUCAAAGAAGAACAAGACUGUAGUGGGAAAGCAAAGAAUUCUAGAAUUGGAAGAAGAGAAAAGAAGGGCUGAGGAGGAUAAACUCGCAGCCAUUGAGGCCUUGGAAGCACGAUCAAGAGAAUUCCUUCACGAAAAAACUCUCAAGAGAAAACUAGAAGAAAAGAUUGCCCAUCUUCAAUCUCAAUUGCUGGUAGGAGGUGAGAAAAUUGAGGAAACACCAGCGUUCCGAAAGCUUAUCAAACAAGAGUAUGAACGAGUCCAUAAGCAAUACGAGAAAAAGUUAGCUGAAUUGGAGCGAGAGCGUCAAUCCAUAGAAGAGGAUAAAGCACAGGUUGAUAGAUACAAGCAAUUGCUACUUAAACAACGAGACAUCAUGAUUGCCCUCACAGCAAGACUCAAUGAAAGAGAUGAAACUAUAUUGUCACUCCAGGAGGAACUUGAUGCUUAUGAUCACCAUCAGAAAAUGUUGGAGGAUGCACUGGAUAGAAAAACAGCAGCACUCAUCCAUCUACAACGAGUCACAGAUGCUGGAUUAAGUACUAAGGAAAAAGAAAAGCAAGCUCUCAGAAAAAUCAUUGAAGUCAAAAUGAUACCGUAUAUGAACACUAUUUACAAGAGUAUGAACGCCUUUGAAACUCCAGAAAUGGAAGAGACCACAAAACAAGUCAAGAAGCAGGUGGCCACCGUGACUCAACUCAUGAAACAAACGGCCAAUGCUCUUUCGUUGAAUUCCGGAAAUUCCACUGAAGAACAAUCCUCCACUUCCGAAGCCUCCUUAAACCAAUUCCAAACUCAUGAAUAA